AGGGCCACGUGAUCAAAUUUAUAGCGAUUUUUUAAAACCGACUUUUGUAUAAAAGGACCGCCGCCCGGUACAUCCAGCAUAAGCUUACCUACUUUCGAGAAGUAAACAAGCAACCCACAACCCAAUCAACAUGUUCAAGUUGGCUGUUCUCGCCGCCGUCCUGGCUGUCGCUACCGCCGCCCCUGGUGGUCUCACCGGCAUCAUCGCUGAUCACGCAACCGGCCCAAUUACGGCUCCCUUGGUCGUCUCGCACGCUGCUCUGGCACCAGCUGCCCACGUGAUCGCCCAGCCUGUUGCCCCCAUCGUCCGCACCGCUCCCAUCGUCACCAAGUCCGUGCUGACCGCCGCACCCCUGCCCCUCCUUUCUGCGCACGGCUUGCAUUAGAUGACAACUGAUUCUAUCUUACUACCACCAAGUCACGACGAGACAACCCCCCUAGAAAACACAUACACACACAUACACACACCUUUCUAAUCCCUCGUAAAUCGUCCCCACCUCCAAACCAGGCAAAAAAAAAACGAAGCAGCGAAAUUGAAGGAAAAAAGCACGAAGG